AUGGUUAUACGCAUGUGUUUCAAUAACAAGUCGCUGUUUGGAGCUUGCAAGCGCAUACAUUCCGGAAGCAAAGCGGAGUUGAGAGCACCUCAGCGAAAGUACGAGUUGUUACGAAAGGAAAAGAGAUUUCAGUUUUCCAUCAAAACGACCCAAUUUGUACACAAAACAGCAAUGAACUCAAUGAGGUAUCUGAGUCGAGGCAGAGUGCUUCUGCUUGUGAUGGCACUGUCCUGUGCUGCCGAGGACAAGGAUGUGUAUUUUGACACUUUUGCCAACUGCGCUCAAACGAACACUGUGGACUAUACCAGCCAGGUGACCGUCCAAGCAGAACGUAAUCCUGAAAUGGCUUCCAACUCCUUCUCAGCCUGUGAGAUCCUCUUCAGGGCCUCAGGGCCGGAUGACGCUUUGUGUCUACAAAUCGACCAACUUUACUUCAAGAACAGGGAUUUGAAGCUCAACUACUAUGAUGCCCAAGAAGCAGCUGGCAACACACCAAAUAGGGUGUUCAGUGAUGAUACUAGCGAUACCUUUUCGGUGCCAAUGGAAAUCUGUACAACUGGUCGAUACGCAUCCUUGGCCUUGAAACCGAAUGUUACCGGCGGCGCCAUAGCCAGCAUCAAGGAUAUCGACAUCAACAUCAAAGUCCGGAACAUGCAUGGAAGCCGAAGAACUGUUUACAUGGAUACGGACUGUGGAGCUGUCAGUGGAAGGAGGGAGGUGGAUGAAAGUCAGACAGUUGUUGUUAUGAAUCGCCAUGCUGACCGCACAGCUGAUCUGCCUGGAGUGUGUCAAGCGGUUUUCAAAUACACUGGAGAAGACAAGAAUAAGACGGUGUGUCUGCAGUACCUGCAAAAGGAGCAGUACUGCAACUACAAGCUGAAAGUCUUAGAUGGAAAUCUCACAACAUUUGCUGAGUCCCAUACAUACAGCUGCACAAGCAGUGAGCCCAAGAUGUGGUGUUCCAAGGGGAGCUACCUCACACUGGAGCUGACGCGGGAGGCCACCCUUACUGCAUCACUGGAGCCAGCUGACCUCUUCACCGUCAAUGUCAAGGACGGUGUUUCAGGUCAGAAUUCAGAAACCACUACCGGCAACUAUAAGGGACCAACAAGUAGUACAGUAUUUCCUGAUGAGCCCAAGCCAGAUGGCGGCCUGUCGUGGUGGGUGAUCGCGCUGAUUGUGGUUGGGGCCAUUAUAGUCAUCCUGGUGCCUGUGGUCUUCUGCUGUGUGAAGAAAUCUAAGGUUGCAACGGUUGGGGUUUAACAGAUUCAGCAUCUCUACUUGUAACAUAUAAAUAAAUUCCAACAAGCAAAACAACUUUAUCUGUUUCAAACAGCUAUUAUUUUAUCAUCUUGUGCAGAGUUCUCACCCUUUGGGCAUCUUAAAGCUCAAACACAUGUCCAAGGUGAAACAAUGUCAACUUCGCCAAUAGGAAAACAAAUUUGAAAGAAACGAAAUAAAAUGAUAACGUCAGAUUGUGCUUCUGUCUUUCGGACAUCUAAAUCCAGUUAAAUAAAUAACUGUAGCUGUAGUACUAUGCCAAGCCUACCACUAUGUUAAAAUGUCAGACCUACCAUAGAAAGUUCACGUAUAAAACCUGUGCAAAAUGUUACACACUAAUUGCCACUUUGGAGAAAAGGAAAAAAAUGUGAAAUUCCUGAAUUUGGAAUCACAUCUUUUUUAUGCAUAUGUCAUAAUUUCAAGUGUUUAGAUUUGAGGUUUUUGUGGACAUUGUCCUCAUUUUUUAUCAUUAAGCUAAAUUUCUUGGGGGACUGCGUAUUUGGCAUGUUGCUUCAGUCAUGGUGUCAGAACAACAGGUUUUCACUAUCUGCAUGCCUCUUAGCUGAAUAGCGUUCGCUCGUCACGCCGAAGACCCGGGUUCGAUUCCCGACAUGGGUACAAUGUGUGAAGCCCAUUUCUGGUAUCCCCCGCCGUGAUAUUGCUGGAAUAUUGCUAAAAGCUCACUAAAAGCUCACUCACUCACUCUUAGCUGAAUAAAUAUCAUUUGGUGUUUCCAACUUUACUGUCUUUUUCUUUUCAUCCUUCUCAUAGUAGCAAAUUAGUUAUCUGUUUUCUGCCACUGAAAUUGUAUUUCUGAAGUUUCUUUCUAAUGUUAUUUGUAAAUGAUAUUUUUUUAUUAUUUUGCAUUUGCAUUUGUACAUGGAAGUGGUUGUACGUAAAGUUUACAUAAAUCAUUAUUUCUUUUCUAGGACGGUUGGUUUAGGGCAUUGCAGUGUAGACAAGCCAGGGAAGAGUAGCCAUUUUCGAAGGACAAAUAUUACUUGAAAUAUUCCACGGCUACUUGAAAGUGUAAAAGAACCCACGAAGAGCAUGAAAUCAAGUCAGUGUCUUACCUUCAACACCAAUCCAUGUUUAACUAGCUGUAUUCACUUUAUGUGCUGGGGCGGUCGGGUAGCCUGGUGGUUAAAGCGUUCGCUCGUCACGCAGAAGACCCGGGUUUGAUUCCCGACAUGGGUACAAUGUGUGAAGCCCAUUUCUGGUGUCCCCCGAGGUGAUAUUGCUGGAAUAUUGCUAAAAGCGGCGUAAAACCAUACUCGCUCACUCACUCACUUGAUGUGCUGGUGUUCAGCAUAAGUUUUUUUUCUUGAAAACCCUUGAGUACUGCAUGCAUAGACAUUCCUUUUUAUCCAGUCAGUAUCUAUGACCUUGAACGGUGUCUUCACUAGGCAGAGGAUUGGUAUUUGUUUGUCAUGGCAGCAAUUAAAAACACUGACCUCAAGUCAGAUUGUGAUUAUGUCCAUUUAUUUUUUUUAUUUUUUAUUUUUGUGAGUGAGUGAGUAAAUAUUGCUUUAAGCUGCAUAGCAAUAUUGCAACUAAUCGCCAUUUAUUGAGGCGUGCCUGGUAAUAUGAAGAUUUUGAAAAAACGACAUAUGGCAUAACACCAAAAUUCAAUCCAAAAAAAUAAAAUUAUGAAUUGUUUUUAUAAUUUUUCUCAUCAAAUGCUUGAUAAAUUCCAAAAAGGACAGUUUAAUAGACUCUUUCAUUUUGUUCUCUUCUCUGACAUGAAAUUAAUAUGUUGAAAGACCAUUCUCACAUUAAAAUGUGGGCAGUUUUGCCAUUAGUGGUAGAAAUAUCAAGUCAGUUUUUUUGUACUGGACCAAAAAAAGAAUAUUGAUCACCCUGAAAAUUAUUCCAAGGCCUAAAUGGUGAUGAAAAACUUUUCAAUUAACCUUUCAAUACCUAAACUAAACCUAAAAGUGUGUUUCUUGACCCUAUCUCAAUGAUCGUGAACCUUGAUAAUGUGCUUUGCUGGUAAGGAUGCAAUCUCGGGUUAGAACUCUACACAGUGUGAGAAAGGACAUGGUCAAUUACAAUAGGGUUAAAGUGGGAUAGUCCCCCAAAUUUGCCCAUUUUUAGCUCCUCUUAAUCCAAAUAAAUUGUUUUGUGUGGCCCUCAAAACUUUAUCAAUGAGUGAGGUGCUUCUUGCAUGAUUGUCCCCAUCUACCUUCCCUUGUUGUAAAUGACCAGGUCCUUGUUCCACAGGGUGAUCUUAGCACUAAGAUGAUCGUAAGUCCUAUACUUUAACAUAGACAGGAUUGUCUUGGAGUUUACGAUUGCUUUGUGCAAAUUGGUGCUGCAGGACCUUCUUUUGCAAAGUGAUCUUAGCACUAAGAUGAUCGUAAGUCCUGUACUUUAACAUAGACAGGAUUGUCUUGGAGUUUGAUUGCUUUGUGCAAAUUGGCACUGCACGACCUUCUUUUGCAAAGUGAUUUUAGCGCUAAGAUGAUUGUAACUGACACGCUUUAACAUAGACUUACGAUAGUCACAGAAGUAAGAUUGCUUUGUGCAAAUUGAUCCUGUAGGGCCUUGUUCUACAAAGUAAUCUUUGCGCUAAGAUCACCAUAACUUCUAUGCUAAAUAGACUUAAGAUUGUCGUGGAUCUUAAGGACGCUUUGUUCAAUAGGACUCAGGGCGUUGUUCCACAAAGUGAUCUUUCAGCUAAGAUGAUCGUAACUCCUACACUUUUACAUAGACUUAUGGUCACUUAGAACAAAGAUCGCUUUACGGAACAGACCCCAGUUUCUUAUGUUCUUGUAACAGAUAUAAAUACUUGUGUCUAGUGUUGUAAAAUUAUGCAUACAUGUUCAUACUGUAACAUAGCUGUGUACUGUGUAAAUAGAUGUCACUGGAAGAUGUUCUGUUGAGUUGUAGAUCACUAAAAGGAGGGAAUCCCACUGGUACUGCCACACAUGAAUACUGUUGAACAUUCAUUAAAUAACAUGACUAUCAAUUUGCCUAUUUGGUCUACCGUACCAUGACACAGACAAAAUAGGAGGAAAAUCGGCGAAAAAAUAACUGAGCUUCUAUGACUACUUGAUCACUGAAUUGGCUGGUGGAUUUUAUCUUCUUUUUAAUAUUUCAAUGCAAUGUUUUGGUACAGACGUUGGUAUGUUUAUCAAAUUAUAAAUGUGCUUGUGUCUCUUCUGAAAUGUGGAAUUGAGAUGCUGAGGUGCAGAAGCGAAUUCAUUCUUCAUUGAUGCUACUGCUUCUAAAUGCCACAUAUAUGUAUUGAUCAUGACAAUAUUGAAUAUAAGAAUGUACCCACCACAGCCUUCUGACUGGUUAAAGAUUGUUUGCAAAUUUGGUCGUGAAAAGCACGUCCUACUGAAAAUUGAUAUUAUUUUGAAACUGGCGUAAUUGCAUUGUCUCAUGGAAAAAGACUGCCUGGAAAAGCUUUGUGUUCCUGUUGCUAGGUUACAGAGGCUCUCCCUCCUUUACAUCCUCCAUUAUAUAGUGUAUAUUACCUCCAUUCUGUUCUGAUAAAUACCCUUGACCUGUUCACCACCAUGGCUUCUGUCACGUGAAGAUCCGGGGUAGAAAAGGUUUUCUGCAACCCAUGCUUGCUGAAAGAGGCGACGAUGCUUGUCGUAAGAGGCAACAAACGGGAUCCGGUGGUCACGUUCACUGACUUGGUUGAUGCAUGUCAUGUUAUCCCAAUUAUGUGGAUCUAUGCUCAUGAUAGGUCGAAUAUUGCUGACUGCAGCAUUAAACAACAAACAAAAACAUAAUGGAAUACUGUUCAAAUUGGUGUUAAACCCAACUCACUCACUCACUCACUGGUGAUAUCACUGUUGAAUGGACAGCUAUUUUCAGCCUCGAGUAAGACGAACUUGGACUCAAAAUGAAGCUUUGGUUUUGUGAAUGGCUCAAGGGUAUUUGUCAUAUUUGAAUGGAGAAUAGAAAAUACAGACAUUUGACGAUGUGAUCAAGGAUCCCCCUUAAAAACACUGAACUCCUCCGUAUAGUGCUCUAUUUCAGUAGUACUAGUCCUGGGACAUGGACCAGAGUGUGAUCCACAGUCUAGAUGUUAUAGGCACAUUAGAUCAGUGUUCACACAAAUUUCAUUCUCAGCUCCCUGGGGAGUAUACAACCGAAACAGGAUGUAUGUAUUGUGUUUAUAUGUACUGACGUUUGAGUUUUAGCCAGGGAUUCUCACCAGGGCCCAAUGUCUGAAAAAAACAAAUUUUCAACUGUAGGGGGACAGACAACUCUUCAAUGGUACAAUCCAAUCCACGGAUCAACGACUGACAGGAAAUUAUGUGUGACUGAAUUGUUCAAAUGAUUGUCAAACCAAACAGGUUUAUUCACUAGCAGACGAUUAAUGUUACUUGUCAAGAUUAUAAUUCUUCUCGUUCUUGAUCUAUGAAGAUGUAUCGUUCAGUGAUAAUGUGUAUAAUUUUUUCAUACAGCUUGGGAAAUACAGUAAUAAUAAUAAUAAUAAUAAUAAUUAUAAUAAUAAUAAUGGACAUAUGUAAUGCACUGAAUUAAUCCACUGAGUUAUGCUCACAGAUCAGUGUUUAUUCAAAUUUCUUUCUCAGCUCCCUUGGGAGUAUACAACCCAAAUGGUAUAUGUUAUUGACAUUGUGAUCAUGGACAGGAAAUUUUGAAUGCUGUAAAAUCAUCAGAUCAUUUUAGGCCUAAUCAGUUGAAUUACUUGUUUGAAAGGCUAGCAGGGCAGUAAUCAUGAGUAGAGAGAAACCCUGGCUAAGAUUCUGUAUAGAAAGAACCAUGUGAUAUGGACAGGCAGGUGGUAUGUGUUUUUUUUAUCUUUAUAUCCCCCGCCACGAAGUGCUUGUUCUUUUGUGCCGUACAGUUAACCUUGGAUAUAGGUCAGGUCCUUUCAGGUCACUUCAUGUUGGGUUGGGUCCUUUCAGAUCACUUCAUGUUGGGUCAGGUCAGUCAAUGUCAAGUCAGUUUGGGUCGGGUAAAAUCACAUUAAUUUGGGUCGGGUAAAAUCACAUUAAUUUGGGUCGGGUAAAAUCACAUUAAUUUGGGUUGGGUUGGGUCAGGUCAGUUAAGGUCGAGUUAGUUUGGGUCGGGUAAAAUCACAUUAAUUUGUGUCAGGUUGGGUCAGGUCAGUUAAGGUCGAGUCAGGUUGGGUGGGGAAAGUCAGAUCAGUAUGGGUCAGAUUGGGUCAGGUCAGUUAAUGUCGGAUCAGGUUGGGUCAGGUCAGUUAGUGUCGAGUCAGUUUGGGUCGGGUAAAAUCUCAUCAAUUUGGGUCGUAUUGGGUCAGGUCAGUUAAUGUCAGAUCAGUUGGGGUUGUGCGAAGCUAGAUCAGUUUGGUUCGUGUUGGGUCAGGUAAGGUCAAAUGUGUCAUGGAAAUUAUUUUUCUCAUGUUUAUUUUUCCCAGGUUAAUAUCCAAGAUUGACUGUAUUUGUAUGAAAGAACAAAUAUCUUGAAUAUGUAUGUUGUAGAUUUUGAAAUGUUCAGUUUAUGAAUAGUGUCCCUUGGAGACAGGUUUCAUCAAUCAUGUCCACAUUGAAUAACAGAAAUUGUAGUCUUCUUUGUUUCAUUGUGAACCACAGAAAUAUUUAGACAUGGUUGUUAGGAUACAAUUGAGUGAACAUAUCUGUGACCGAAUCUGAUGAUGAAGAAAUAUAUUUGCUUCUUGGGCAUGACCUUCACAAGGAAGCCUAGGCACAUGUUGGUAGUUCGCAAACUAUUUCUGUGGUUAAGAAAGUUUCAUAAUGAACAAAUUUCACAUGGGAAUCAUAUAUGUGUGUGCUUCCAUUGGCAGAAAUUGCUUCGUAUUCAUGCAAUGCAUCUUCUAAAUAUUUCAGUUUACCCGUGUUUAAAUCUGACAUCAGAUGUUGAUAAAUGAUUAUUUGGUCUUUGAGACAACUAUUCUAACUUCACUGAACAAAAAUGUUAGUAUCAUGAAUAUCUUUGGGUGUUGUUUUUUUUAAAUUGUAUCCCUCAAAAUAUUCAUGAUCCUUAGCUUUUUUUAUUCAGUAUAUUUAGUUGAGAUCCAUAUUAAAUUUGACUGGCGCUGUUUCGUUGCCUUGACAGACGUUUGUUAAAAACUCCAAAGGAGAUUUUAAUUUAAAUGUAUAUUUUAAUAUUAAUUCGUGAAUCACAAAAUCAAAAGAGUAAAUAUUCCGUUUUUACAAUUUGCAUAUCUUAUCCAAAUCAUUGUAGUUUGUUUGUUGUUUGUUGUUUAGUGCCGCACUCAGCAGUAUUCCAGCUUUAUGAUGACGGUCUGUAAAUAAUCAAGUCUGGACCAGAAAAUCCAGUGAUUGACAUAAUGAGCAUCGAUCCAAGCUUUUAGGAUGUGAUGACAUGCAUCAACCAAGUGAGCAAGCCUGACCACCCGAUCCUGUUAGUCACCUCUUACGAAAAGCAUAGUUGCCUUUUAAGCAUGGGUUGCUGAAGACCAAAUCAUUGUAUGAUAAAUGAAGCUGUAAAAAGAAGGUUUAGUUUUUGAGAUCAUUUUCCUUGCUGGCUGUUUUUAUGUUCCCACGGACCUGUGAAGAUCCGGGAUAGAAAAGAUCUUCAGCAACCCAUGUUUGCCGUAAGGGGCGACUAUCCUUGUCGUAAGAGGCAAUUAACGGGAUCGGGUGGUCAGGCUUGCUGACUUGGUUGAUGCAUGUCAUCGUAUCCAAAUUGUGUGGAUCGAUGUCCAUGAUGUCAAUCACUGGAUUGUCGUGUCCGGACUCAAUUAUUUACAGAUCGCCGUCUGAGUGUGGCAAUAAACAAUCAAUUAUGUUCCCACUGCUUGAAAAUGUUUAAACUUCUUUACUCAGCAUGUUAACAUGUAACAGUUUUAUAUAUACUACGCAAGUAAUGAUAUUCUUGUUGUCAGCUUUUAUGUGAAGAUAUUAUGUGCGUGUUGUUUCAUUGUCUGCUUAUAUGUACAUGUCCCUGGAAUUAAAUUAGUUUUCGGUGCUAAUUUCCGACGUUUUGUUUUUGUGCUGUAUAAGCUUACCUUGUUGAAUAUCUUUUAACAUAUAUGUUCUUUUUUGCCUGAGAUUAUCAUUGUAUUAGUUAAACUCUUUACACAUUGUGUUGCUUCUUAUUGGCCAGAACAUGGCCAGAAUUAGGUGUGUCUGCAUACAAAGAAGGGGUGGAUCUAUUGGUCUGCUGCGGAUCAGAUGUGUCUGCGUACACAGAAGGGGUAGAUCCUUUGGUCUGCUGCAGAUCAGGUGUGUCCUCCAACUCUGUUAGGGUGGAUCCAUUGGUCUGCUGCAGAUAAGGUGUAGUGCUGCACUGAUAGGGUAGAUCCAUCGGUCUGCUGCAGAUCAGGUGUAGUGCUACACUGAUAGGGUAGAUCCAUCGGUCUGCUGCAGAUAAGGUGUAGUGCUACACUGAUAGGGUAGAUCCAUCGGUCUGCUGCAGAUAAGGUGUAGUACUACACUGAUAGGGUAGAUCCAUCGGUCUGCUGCAGAUAAGGUGUAGUGCUACACUGAUAGGGUAGAUCCAUCGGUCUGCUGCAGAUAAGGUGUACAGCUACCCUGAUAGGGUGGAUCCAUCGGUCUGCUGCAGAUAAGGUUUACUGCUACACUGAUAGGGUGGAUCCUUUAUUUCUUGCACUCAUUGUUUAGAGACCAGUCCCUCAUAACUUUGAGUUUUGAAAGAUUAAUGGCAUUCAUUUAUUUGGUCUCUCAUUUGCAGUGCCUUACCAGUGUGAGCAUGCAGAUACCCUUCACUUUCUGGGUCAGAUUAUUUCCACGAAAUGAUUUUUAACCAGAAAGGAUUUGUGAAUUGGCACAAUAUUAAUCAUGUUAAUACAGUUACUCUUAUUACCAACUUAUUACUAUUGUGUUGCAAUGUGUGUGAUGUGUAUAUAUAUAUAUAUAUAUAUAUCAUUCUUACCUGAUGUAAUCAGACUUAGUCAGUUAACUAGAUGGCUCAGUAUUAGUAUAUUUAGGUGUUAUUUUUUAUUACUUGGUUUAGGGAUCUAGUGACCAAAAUUUCAAAAAAAUUAAAUACAUUUACGAACUGUUUUUAAGUUGGAACACAGUGCAGUGUAUCUUUACUAGUUCUUUAAACCAAGCAAUUAAAAAUAAGGCUUUAUUAUCGAUGCGAAACAAGAUGGUAUUUUAUGCUAAAUUAAUAACUUUUAUUGAUGCGACAAAAUGUUUCUUCGUUCGUGUAAGUAAGGAUCAGAAUGAGUAACACAGAGAGAAAUAUUUACUAUUUGCUUUUUUGGAAAUUGCAAUUUUCAACAGUGUUGCAACUUCAGACAGAUCUGUAAUCAAUAAAGUGCUUUUUACGUA